AUGAUGUUGAUCGCCUGCUUGUUAUUUGCCGCAAGUUACACAGUUUGUACAGCCCAAAGGGCCGAGACCAAUCCAAACACACGACUGCUGAACAACAUCCUCGGCUAUGUCGUGGAAGAUGCCAGUGCGUGUGGCAAUUAUUUCCAGUAUGCAUGUGGAAAGUACGCGAAGCGCCAUAUCAACGACCCCUUUACCGAGAUCACCCAGAUGUUAGACCACAAGGUGAAUAAGAACUUCGUCCAAUUGAUGGAAGAGCUGGAACACCGCUCGACCUCGCCAGGCUUAGACAAGUCAAGCGUAGAGGCUAAAGCCCUGCGAUUCUAUCUUACUUGUCGCAAUGCUCCGAAAACGACCCGAAGUGCAGAGCACUACCUAAGACUGGCCCCCCCAGACGAGACACUCGUAUGGCCCCAGUUCACCGCCCGUGGGAAACCCUGGCCCAAGGAUCAGUUCCAGUGGAUGAGAACUUUGGCAUACCUGCACCGAUACGGCUUCACCAAUGUCUUGGUAGACUUAUUGGUCACACCGAAUUACCAAAACAGUAGCGAGUUCCUAUUGGACCUCAGUAAGCCCACGUUUGGGGAAGAUUCGCAGCACCUGAACACCUUUACGGAAACAGUUGCAAUUCUCCAGAUUAUGGGUGUGCCCUCGAAAAGUGUACUGCCUCUGGCGCAGAAAAUAAGAAGGCUGGAAUCUGCUGUACGGGUCUUGACGGAAGCGGACGAUGAUGAUGACAGCCGAAUAAUGAGUCUGCAUCAGCUGCAGCGCAUGACCGGCUACGAUUGGCACAGUUUCGUCGAGUUAACUCUUGGCUACCGCAUCUCCCGACACUUCAGAGUGCAGGUCCAGAAUUUGCACUACUUCACGGUCCUUAAGCGGCUAAUGGACUCCUCAGACACCAUAGUGGUAGCUAAUUAUAUCAUGACUCGAUUUGUGCUCUACCUUCUGGAAGACACCAUGGACAGCGAAGAGCCCAUUGAUUGCAUAAAGGAUGUGCGUCGUAGCAUGAACCUGGCAUCAAACCUACUCUACGAGCAGCGCUUUCUAGACCAGGCUACGCUGCAGAACUACACCCAGGAAAUCCAAGAGAUCUUUGACCAAUUGCGUCGGCAGUUCCUGAUGCAAAUCGAUAAAAAUCGUCUUGGUUUGACGAGUAAGCAGAGAAGGAUGGUGGCCACGAAGGCUCGAAAUAUCAUCCUGAACAUCGGCAACAUGCCUACAGGGCGUGAGCAUCGUAGUUUCGUUAGCCAACACUAUGAGGAUCUGGUCUUCUCUUCGACAGACUUUGACUACAGUCGGGAACAUCUCAAUCUACUGGAGUUCCGAACACGAAGGCAGAUGGCACAACUUAACCAAUCGACUAUAAGUCCCGACGAGUACUUCUACAUGCCGGAUCCGAUCUCGGCGAUGAGCUCCAGCCCCUUCUACCUAAUUAGGCGGAAUAUUAUUAUCGUGCCUUAUGGGCUUCUUCAGGAGCCGCUUUUUGUUCCGGAAAGCAACGAAGUAUUUAAAUACAGCCUUCUGGGAUUCGUUCUUGCUCAUGAGCUAGCCCACUCCGUCGACACCAGCGGGGUUUUGUUAGAUAGUUUCGGAAACGUUCACGACACUGGCGUAGAGAUAUUUAGCUCGCCACGUUACGAGGCAGGGUUAAACUGCAUGAACCGCAACAAAACGCAAUACCUUGACGAACGUAUGGCGGAUAUUGUGGGUCUGGAUCUCGCCUACUCCGCAUACAUGCAGAUCGCCAAGGACAUAAACGGCACAGACUUUACCGACGUCCCCCCCCAAAAGAUCUUUUUUCUCAACCUGGCGCAGUUUUUCUGUGGGGACGGAGAUGCAACUAACUUUCUUGAGCACGACGGCGACGAGCAGCGUCUGCAGCAAAUAAUCAAAGGGUUCGUCCCGUUCCAAAGAACUUUUGGAUGCCGGAGCAGUAGUUUUCAGCCCGAACAAUGUCAGCUGUGGUGAGCGAAGCACUGCGUGGUUUGGGUCUAAUUUAAAGGAUUAAAUGAUUAAUAAAGAAAAAUCUUACACAUCUUGAAA